AUGUCUUCGCCGUCGUCUCCGUCUCGGUCUCAACCCAUCAAGAUUCUCAUAGCCAAUCGAUCGGAAAUCGCGUGCCGGCUCAUCAGGACAUACUCGCUCUACCCUAACAUCCAGACGGUGGCAUUGUUCACUCCCUCGGAAAAGGAUCAGACACACGUGCGUCUCGCCACGUCCUCGGUAGAGCUCCCGGAAGAAGGGCCACGAGCGUAUCUCGACGCGGCCAAUAUUGUCAAUGUCGCCAAACAGGAAAAUUGCUGGGGUAUCGCGCCGGGAUACGGGUUCCUGUCUGAAGAUGCCGGGUUCGUGAGACUAUGCGAGCAACAGGGCAUCGCGUUCAUCGGCCCGUCUAGCGAGCAGUUGGCGCAACUGGGGAACAAGAUGAGCGCGAGGUCGUUGGCCGCCGACGUCGGAGUUCCGGUUCUGGUUGGCACCAAGACCACGCGUGAUCGAGGUUCCUCCAUCGCAGACGUCCUGGCGUUUGCAAAGAGUCUUGGGCCGUCCGGUCGCAAAAUCAUCCUCAAGGCAGCAGCAGGCGGCGGAGGGCGCGGCAUCCGCAUCAUCGACGACAACACGGACGAGAAGGCCAUUCGUCAGGCUUACGAAGCCUGUCAGCGAGAGGCACAGGCGUCCUUUGGCGACGGAAGCUUGUUCGCGGAGCGAUAUCUACAGGGUGCUAAACACAUCGAGGUCCAGCUUCUCGGAGACGGCAAGGGACAAGUCUGCCAUUUCUGGGAAAGAGAAUGCUCGCUACAGCGCAGGAACCAGAAAGUCGUCGAGAUUGCACCUUCGCCAUCAAUUUCGCCGCAGCUAAGGCGAGCCAUCAUCGAAGCUGCGGUGAAACUAGGGAAAGCAGUGAAGCUGCGAAGUCUCACCACGAUCGAGUUCCUUGUCGACACAGCAAACGAAGACUUUUACUUCAUGGAGGCGAAUCCCAGGAUACAAGUCGAGCAUACCAUCACCGAACAGAUUAAUAGCGUUGAUUUGGUGGAUCUACAACUUCAGGUGGCUUUGGGGAGAACGCUGGCGGACCUGUCCAUAACGCGAGAACCUCCACCACCUCGACUUACAUCCAUACAGCUCCGCAUCAACGCCGAGAGCUUCAUUCCAGACGGUACUGCGCAACCUGAAGCGGGUGUUAUUCGACAAGGAUAUUUCCCCACAGGAGCAGGCGUGCGAGUCGAAACGGCACUUGAAGGAGGCCGGCGGUAUGCCGUGAGCCCCUUGUUCGACAGCCUUUUGGCGAAACUCAUCGUCACGUCAACUUCGUACGAGUCCGCACUGCGGCUGGCUCGUUGGGCUAUCGAUGAGACAAGGAUCGUAGGGUGCAGGACGAAUCAGGCGUUCCUAAUGGCUGUGUUGGAUAUGAAAGCCGUACAAGAAGGCAGGAGCAAUAUUUUGACCAUCCAGCAGAACUUUGAGGCUCUGUACAGCACCACGCAGCAAUUCGAAGAUGAGUUGCGAGCUAAAACUGACCGCACCUCUGAAGAAGCUGCCGAAACAAUGAAGGACCAGACAAAAGUUGAGCGACCAGAAGGCUCUGAAGAGCUACUCGCGCAUAUCACGGGAGUUGUCCUUUCCCUGAAGGUAAAUGAAGGCGACAAAAUCACUGCUGGCCAAGAAUUGGUCAUUCUUGCGGCGAUGAAAAUGGAACAUUCCGUCCGCAGCGCGUCCAAUGGUAUUGUGGCAAAGGUGGCCGUGACAACGGGACAGCAAAUAAAUGCCGGCGAUCCUCUUCUCUUCAUCAUCGCUGAUGGAGACAGCUCAUCUUCCACUACACAAGACCUAACAGAAACUGAGAACCCAGAGGACCUGCGGCCGGAGCUGAAGGAGCUGAAUGAACGCAAGGCCCUUCUGCGGUACUCUGCCCGCGAAGAGGACGUGGCCAAGCGCCAUGCAAACGGGUAUCUCACCGGCCGGGAAAACCUCGACUUACUCGUGGACAAGGAUUCAUUUAUCGAAAUUGGAGACCUUGUGGUUGCGGCACAGAGAAAACGGUACCCCCUGUCCCAUCUCAUCGCUCGGACGAGCGGAGAUGGUAUCAUCGUGGGCUGGGCGAAGAUGGAAUCUCACCCUAUCGCAGUUGUCAUUGGCGAUUACCUCGUUCUUGCCGGCACGCAAGGGCAUUUCCACCAUCAGAAGUUAGAUCGCAUUUUCCAAUCAAUCAUUAAUCAUCCUGCGCCUUUGGUGUUUUAUACCGAAGGAGGAGGUGGAAGACCAGGUGACACAGAUCACUUGGGCAUGGCGGGUCUCAAGACACCAUCAUUCGCUCUGAUGGGAGAAAUCAAGGCAAGAGGGAUACCUUCGGUUGCAGUAGUGAAUGGAUACUGCUUUGCGGGCAACGCUGCAUUUUUGGGAACAUGCGACAUCAUCAUCGCUACAAGAGGCGGGUCAAAAGAUGCGCCUUCGAGGAAGGCUACCACCAUCGGCAUGGGUGGCCAAGCGAUGAUUGAGGGUGGUGGUCUGGGCCGAUUCGAGCACGAACAUAUUGGUCCCGUCGAUGUCCAUAUGCGCUCGGGUGGCAUCGAUGUACUUGUAGACACUGAGGUCGAAGCUGCGUCGCUUGUCCGCAAGAUCGUGGCUCUGUUCACACAUCCGCAGCUGCCACCGGCGAAGAGUCCUUACACGUCGGAUCCUCUUCGCCUACGCACCGCGGUGCCACCGCUGUCGUCUCCUCGUCGAGCCUACGACGUUCGCCGUGUGAUCAACUUCCUGUUGGAUGACGACAGCUUCAUCGAGUUCUGUCCUGAGUGGGGACUCUCUGUGCUCACAGGCUUUGGGCGCAUCAACGGCCGCGCGAUCGCAAUCAUAGCUUCUAACUCCUCGUCUCCGCUUGGAGGUGCUAUCGAUGUCGCAUCGGGAGAAAAGGUCAAUCGUCUUCUCCGCCUCCUGAUUCGCCUCGGCGGCAUGCAUCUGCUCAGCCUCUGCGAUACCCCAGGAUUCAUGGUCGGCCCCGACUUCGAGCGGUCGACCGAAGCUCAAGGCGCCGGAAGCACAUACCGCUGCUUUGGUGACUGGUUCGGCAACUCACAAGAAUUUGCCCUUCACGGCGGCCGCUUCCUAGGGCUCGUUCUGCGAAAUGGGUUCGGACUGGGCGCGCAAGCGAUGCUCGGUGGUGGAAGCUUGAACAACAGCAUGUGUGUGGCGUGGCCGAACGCCGUCUUCGGCGGAAUGGGCAUCGAAGGUGCUGUAAGGCUUGCGUACAGGAAGGAGUUGGAAGCCAUCAAGGAUCUUGAGAAAAGAAAGCAAAAGGAGCAAGAGAUGAUCGAUGUCAUGUACGACGAAGGGAGGGCCCUGAACAUGGCCAUGGCGGCAGAGAUUGACAGUGUGAUCGAUCCGGCCACAACGAGGAAAUGGCUGGAGCAGAUGAUGAAGGUGUUGCCGGAGAGAGUGCCGACGUAUGUUAAAGCAAGAAGAUGUGCGAAGAUGUGA